AUGCGUACCUACACCACCCUCCCCCUUUUAUUCUUCUUCUCCGCCAUCAUGAUUGGAUCGGCCACCUCCAAGGCUAUCGUCCCCCGCCAACUCCCCGAAGACGAAGCCCUCGAAGCCGAAAUCGCAAAGCUCCACAACAUCACCCGCAUCUCCAAGCUGCCCCCAGGCACAAUCUACACCUUCGAACACCAAUUCCUCAACCCCACCACCGGCGAAACCGAAACCAUUGUGCUGCACCCCACCGCCGGCGAGCUCCUUGCCGGCUUCGACACGCCCACCCUGGCCGCGAACAAGAAGCGCGCAGAGCCCGAAUUCGGCGUCGUCUGCGAGACCAGCCGCGGCAGUCCGGACGCCUUCGAUGUGGUCAAGGCGAUGGUGACCAUGAAUUCGCAGGAGAGGGAGUUCUGCUGCCAGUGGCAGCCGUUUGGGUCGAGGUGCCAUACCAUGGAGACGCACAAGACUGGUGCGGUGGGCAUCUGUGGGCCGUUCAUGCGCUGCGUGCCGUGCCUCCAUACCAUUGAUUUUAUACUCAUCAUGGUCGAUAAGUGCCGUGCAAAGUUUCCGGGUGGAAAGACGCUUGUGGGUGGGAAGUUCAAUCUUGGCCGUUAUGGAGAAGCGCCUCCGUAUGGAGGGUAUCUGUUGGCCUACCACACCUAG